GUCACGUGACUGCUUCCGUCCUUGCGUCGCACGUGUCAGUUGCUGUUCGCAUUUCAUCGGUGCUGUGUCUACUGCGAUGCACGCUCGACGGCAAAUCAUGAGUGUGUAAAAUGAGAUGUGCCUAGUGCGUUCGUUAUUGCACACAUCGCGUCGCUGCCUCCCGCACGUCAUUUUCUCUUCGGAUUCUAUCGGUGCUGUGUCUACUGGGAUACACUCCGAAGCGCCUACCUUCGCGGCAUCUGUGAAACGUGGUCGCCCACGGAAGCACGCCGCAGAAGACGAAGCAAGGGAACAAAGAAGGAAGGCCGUGCAAGCUUACAACGUGCAGCACGUCAUACGGAUGAAUGCCUAAGCGAAAGCUUUCCCCAAAGCGACUACAAUUAUUUCGAAUUCCCACACGCACUCUGCACUGCCGAGCAACGUCAUGAGGGUGCUUGCAGUACUUUACACACUAUUAGGGAGCGCCGUACUGCGGUCCUGCUGCGAGCCUUCGUCACCUUCGCGCCCCACUGCCGAGGACGAGGACGAGUACGCGGAACUGAGUCCCGCGGAGAUCGAAGACGUGAACAGAGCCUUCAGGCGCUACCUCGACGGAGCGGCGGCGUACUCCAGCGACGACGGUGCAGCGCCAGCUCCCAUUAGGAUCGCCGGUCUGGUGGGCGUCUUUGAAGUUGCCCGGAACCUGGCUCACCUGCGGCCGCGCUCACCCCAGGCCGUCAACCCAAGCUUCCUGAUCUACACGAACGCCAAAAAUGGAAGCGUCAGACCUUCGGACGAGCCUGCGCGAGAGCCCGUGGUUACUUUGCGCCACGACGAGGACUUUGGCGCUGUGGCCAAACACCUGGGCCGCGACCAGACCCUCUAUUUCGUUGUCCAUGGCUACCGCAGCAAGGGCUCCGCGCAUUGGGUGCAGCGAAUCAAGGACGAAAUACUCGCCGUGGAGGACGCCACCGUGGUCGUCGUGGACUGGUCGCGGGCCUCCCGGGUCGCCAACUACAGCCUGGCCGCACGCAGCACUCGCACAGUGGCACGGCUCGCGGCCACCAUGGUCAAGACGCUGGUGGAUGCCGGCGUGCUGGUCCCCUCGCGCAUCCACUACAUCGGCCACAGCCUGGGUGCUCAGGCGGGGGGAUUCUUCGGGCAGGACGUGCUCGCGCUCACGGGAUCCAAAGUGGGAAGAAUAACGGGCCUCGACCCGGCCGGCCCGUUGUUCGAGUACUUCGACGCUUAUGUGCGCAAAGAGCACGCCGACUUUGUGGACAUCAUCCACACCAGCAUGGGCAUGGGCUUUAAUUUCUUCCGCGGUCGCCUGGGCAUGACCACGGAAUCGGGACACGUGGACUUCUACCCGAACGGGGGAAAGCACCAACCCGGCUGCAAAAGCCUUGGACGCCUGGACUGCUCCCACUCCCGUGCCACAUUGUACUACGCCAACUCGAUCCGCACCUGCAGCUACCCGGCGCUGCCUUGCUACGACUACGGCGCCUUCGAGAGCCGCCGGUGCACGUCCUGCGACCGGACGCCCUGCGGUGUCAUGGGGCACAACGCCAGCGCGAACUUGCGCGGGAGGCACUUUCUCAGCGUGUCCUCCCAGUACCCACACUGCCCGGGCGGAGCCAUGGCGGCACGAACCGCUUCUCUGGUUCUAGUUCUCUCAUCGUUUUUGACUAUGUCCACGAGGUUUAUUUACCGCUAGACAAUGAGACGGUUCGCGAGACGACGAUGGCUUACAUUGCGGCUGUAGAUGCGCCGGAGCAGGGGUAAAGCUUUAGGGCUCGUACUGUGACUAGGAGAGUGAAACAGGUCGCAUUAGUUUCAACGUCAUUUUCAACGUCAUUUUCAACGUCAUUUUCAACGUCAAUCUCAACGUCAAUUUCAACGUCAACAUUACGCGACAGGGCCGAGUCACCACUGUUACGAUGAGAAGGGGCCUUGAGAGGUGGGAAAUGUGAUUCCAGUUAUUGCAACGACGUCUACUGGAUUCAGAUACAUCUCAUGAUAAAGCAGCGACGUUACUGCGAUGUAGUGACCAUCCAGCUUUAUUUUCAGGGUGUAUUAAAAGUUUCCACAGGCCUAUUACUUUCUCUCCAUGGAAGGAAUUCUGGAUGAAUACGGUAUUUUUACGACUGCAAUCUAGUUUGGUUAAAAAGUAAAACUAGAACAUGACAGCAGCGUAAUAAUUAGUCCGGCCUACAUUAACCCCUUAACUGCCUUGACAAAUAAAAAAAUAAUUGAUAGUGCGGUAGUAUUUUAAAUCUGCAUGUAUCGCGCCAAUUUAAAAAUAUAUAUAAUACCAGGGAUACCUAUUGCAUUUUUACUAUGCUUGUUGAAAAAAGAGAUAGCAAACGUCACUGACUACAGUUUAUUUGUCAGGAUUGCAAGAAACGGCAGAUAUACGCAUGUGCAAAUAUGGCGGAAAGUUCAGGACAAGGUAACUCGUCGUCGGCACCAUAGGACGCUCGCUGUGAAGACGAGUUACUUUGUCAUCGAUAGCGACGGGGUUAAGUCAUCUAUUUGUCACCCAUCUGUCUGACGGUAUUUCUUAAUUAAACAUACAGAUAAAUCAAUGUGGCCCACGUAGUACGAGCUCGUGAAAAGUGUGAGAAAUGCAGUCAUAACAGGGUCACAUGAAUUGCAGUAACUGACUCGACUAUCGCAGCGCACUUGUAUAUAUGAAAAAGGAAGUUAUUACUUCCCCCCACAAGUCCUGCUCUAAAGAAGCAGCAGGAUCGCGUAUAUUCCCAUGAUUAUGGCAGUGCUGAAUGCCCCAAGUUGAACUAAGAGGCUUAAAUGAGUUAAAUUCUUGCUUUUAGCUAUACAUGUAACCUUGUUAGCUUAACAUAAGCACCUGUCGCUCACGAAGGACUAGUCGCCUUUGUCAACUGUGAUACAAAGAACUAUCUUCGCCGCAGUUUUCACAUUUAGAAAUAGUGAGCAGUAACAUUUAUACACCUUUUAUUAUUCUAGGGUGAAAUGUGUGUUUUUUUAAUCCCUGAUUUAAAAAGCCUGUAAAAUGCACGAGCUGAACUUUUUUUUUCCUUGCUGAAAAGCCGCUCAUAUGCAGAAUGACCUUCCAUACCUUGGUCCAUUUCUUUUAUACAACGGUUCAGGGAAUGAUAACGUGGAGAUAUAAAAAAAUGUUAGAAUAACAGCAGUAUUACUUUACAAAACUGAAUUGUAAACUGUUUGAAUCGUGGUUGUUAGAAAACAUGUUUUUUUUUGCAUGUUUUUGACUUCGCGGUCGAUUUUACUCACUCUCGCGAUUGCUCGAAAUUACAGCAAUGGGACCAAAUGUCUUCUCAUGGGAUUUAUUUGCGGAAAAGGUCAUUUCCAUUUUUAUUUCAUAGGUUGCCUGGACUAGAUUGUGGUUACUUUUCCGUCACUGGCAUCGAGGAAAGUAAAGUUGUGUUUGAGGGAGCAAAACUGCGUCACUCAGUGUAAUCUGAUUUUUAAUGGUCAGGCGAUGAAAAAAGAAAGAUGUUCUUACUUGAACAUUAUAUACACUAACCGCUAUCAAACAGUCGUUAGCGCAACAAGCUCAUGUUCUUUUUUAGAAAUCCAGCGCCGAGCAAGCAACCUCUAGCUGCCCCUUAAUCUACUAACCUCUAACUACGCCAUAAAAGUGUUUCGCCGCAAGAAAACUAACCGUAAGGAAAAGCGAGCUAUGUUGGCGAAAGAUGUUGGUGAACGAGGCCGCGAAGGAACAGCCAGAGGGGAAUUGCGGACUUAGAGGUCUAGUUACUUUCAAAGAAGCAUUUUGAAAAUUUUAUAUAAUAACUUUAGAAGCAAAAAAAGGAAAGAAAAGAAAAGUGACAACUUGCCCGCGUAUACUUCGCUAUAGCGUACGAUGCGCACCGUGGGUGUGAAGAAAACAUCCGGGGAUAUUUCACUAAAAUCUCUUCUUUGUCCAUGUUUUUUACGAAUACCUUUAAGAUCGUGAAUCCUCAGCAACUCGCUCAGCCUGAUUAGGCUUCAGAACGCGAACUUAUAUACGUCUUCUGCCCGAACACUUUAAUUCGAGUUGUAACACUUGCUGAGGCUUCCUGCAAUCCAUGUUCACAGAACUCGAUUGACUUGUCACUUGCAAAAAAGAAACGACAAAAACAAUAGAAAAGAACAUUAGGACAAAAGACAGAAAAAAAAAAGAAAACCCUCAGCCUGUACAUAUGCGUGCACAGAAAGUGCUCGAGCUAAUUAUACGAGUUAAGCCUAAUUUAUGCCUAACUCGUAGCGAACUCUUGUUGGUUAUCGCGGCACGAGAACGAUAAAAAGGUGCUCAUCUCUCGACUUCCUUUAUUUUCUUUUUUCGACGAUACCUUGUCAUAUAGAGUAUUAUUUUAUAUGUCGAAGUAUUUGUGUUUCACAUGUAUUGAUCCAGUGCUUCGGUACAUAUUUUGUCGUUGAACUAGCAGUCAUAGUGGAUGUGGCACUGCAGUCAAAUCCGGACGACUGCGAGAUAUUUCCGGCUGUGGGUGCGUGCGUGCGUGCAUCAGCACUGCUGUUAUCGCUUUAACAUUCCAUGUCAUUAUGAUUGUGUGAAACUGUUUUGUGUUACGUUUAUGUCUCUGUGUGACGCAUCUUCCUGUGUGCGACACAUGUGAUUGCGUCUGACUGUGUCGCACAUUAAUAAACUCGGCGUGACAACGGUCACGCAGAUGGUCUCAGAUA